AUGCAGACGAGGGAGGCGGCGAGAGGUAUAUAAACAAGAACGUCUUCGUCUCAGCACCUUGCUUUCCUCUCAGCUUGCCUCAGCACCUCCUGACACACCACCAGCACCACCAUGGCCUUUGCCGGAAGAUGGGAAACUGAAACCCAGGAGGGAUACGAUGCCUUCUGCAAGCUUCUUGGUAUCCCUGCUGACAUCAUUGAGAAGGGCCGUGACUACAAGCUGAUCACAGAGGUGACCCAGGAUGGAAACGACUUCUCCUGGACUCAGGUCUACCCGACCAACGCCAAGGUCACCAACAAAUUCACAGUUGGCAACGAGUGCGACAUGGAGACCAUCGGAGGAAAGAAGUUCAAGGCCACAGUGUUGAUGGAGGGAGGCAAGCUGUGCGUCACCUUCCCCAACUAUCACCACACCUCCGAGAUCAGCGGAGGGAAGCUCAUUGAGACGUCCACGGCCGGGUCUGUCGUGCUGAAGAGAACCAGCAAGAAGCUCUAAGGGCUUGGAGACCUCGUGCGGGUCCGCUUGCAACAGACACCUCAGGGCGACGCACUGCAGCCAAUAAAAAAG